UGAUAAUUAAUAUCAUAACAUUUAGAAGAAGACUGCACAGUGGAGGGGGAGAGAAUUAAACAUAUCUACGUGAAGCAUUGUCUCUACUAAAUGCUCCUACAUUGAGGAAGAAGAGCCAGGCUUUGGGAUUGGGCAGCGACCAGAUAGCGUAACAACCCCUCCUCCUCUCUGUAGAGAAUUGCGUUAAAACGAAAAGGAAAAGGCCUGCGCUUUAUCUAAAUUACAGGCUUUUCCCCCUUUUACUCCAUAUAUAUUAAACGAGGACCCGUUGCUGGCUGGUGUAUGUGUUUAGAAUGGGACUCGCUGAAGGUCCAGUCAAAGAAAAAGACAGUUAAGGAUGCAGGAGCCCAACAAUGGAUUUCUCCUUCUCUUUCAUGCAAGGGAUCAUGGGAAAUACAAUUCAGCAACCCCCUCAGCUCAUUGACUCCGCCAACAUCAGACAGGAAGGCACCUGCGACACCGGCAGUGAUCCAGGCGAGGAUGGUGGUCCCUCCUACGAUGCUGCCCUGGAUGCAGAGUUCUCCUACCCGCCGUCCGCCUCGGAGGACAUGUCGCAGGUCUCCAACGGCUACCCCCCCGGUCUGGGCAUGUACGAGCCGCAGUCCAAGUUCUCCAUGUACUCGCAGUUCCCCAACGGCUCGGCUAACGGCUACGGGGCCAUACGGAGCUACGCAGACCACGGUCUCCUGCCGGGGGAGGGGACGGUCCUGAGAGGCCCAGGUCUUCAGGAGCGACCUUUGUCUCCUGUGUCCCCCCCUCUGCCCACACAUCACCCACACCCCCACCACCACCACCACCACCACCAUACCCCUCAUCUCCAGCACCACGCGCACCUCUUUCACUCGAACCCGCCUCUUUUACAGAACCACCCCCACCCACAGAGUCCCCCGCCGCCCCCUCUGCCCUCCCAGCACCACAUGCCCCAUACGCCUCACAUCAUGACCCACACUCUCCCACCUCCUCCCCCAUUAAUCCUGCCUUCCUCCAGUCCGCCCCCCUCCCUUGUGGACAGUACCCCUUCUUCUCAGCCCUCCCUCACCCUGUCCAACACUCCUGAGGGCGUGCUGAAGAAGACCAGCUCUCCAGAGAUCAAGCUGAAGAUCAUUAAGACGUAUCAGAACGGGAAAGAGCUGUUUGAGUCUGCGCUGUGUGGAGAGCUGCUGCAAGAACUGCAGAAUGAGUCUCAGAAGAGCGAGGCCACUCAGAUGCAGCGCAGACAUGAGAGGAAGAAGGAGAAGAGGAAAAAGAGUGCGCGGCUGCAGCUGCAGGUCCAGGUCCAGGAUCAGGAACAGAACCUGGAACAGAGCCAAGCACAGUCAGGUACCACAGAGCAGACAGAGGACAUCCACAUGGAGCCCCCGCCCACAGAAACACCCCCAGCCCAGACACAGAAGCCUCAGAAGACCGUCAUCAAAACUGAACCAAAGAUGCCCAAGGUUCCGAAGGUCCAUCAUCCAUCAGUGAUCCAAGAGACAGGCUUCUGUAAGGAGUUUGUGAUCGGAGAUCUGGUGUGGUCCAAGGUGGGCACCUACCCUUGGUGGCCCUGCAUGAUCUCCUCUGACCCGCAGAUGAAGGUCCACACCCGUAUCAACACCAGAGGUCACAGAGAGUAUCACGUCCAGUUCUUUGGCAGUGUCGCUGAGCGAGCAUGGAUCCACGAGAAGAGGAUAGUCCUGUACCAGGGGAAGAAACAGUAUGAAGACCUUCAGGCUGACACUCUGCGAAAAGCCACAAAUCCUGUAGAGAAACACAAACUUCUGAAGCCCAUCCCUCAGCGGGAGCGUUCUCAGUGGGAGGUGGGUGUGGGGCACGCCGAGGACGCCCUCCUGAUGUCGCGGCAGGAGCGAACUGACAACUACACCUUCAUCUAUGUUGACCCAGACCCUCAUGAAGGCACGUCCAGCAGGAAACCCACCUACAGAGCUGAGAAACGAAACCGGCGCUCCAGCGGUUCAAUCAGUAAGAAGGAAGAGGGAGCGGUAAAGUCACCAGAAAGAGAGCAGCCGACACGACGGCUGCUGCCACGCAGACAGUGUAGUGUUUCAAACACAGAAGACCACACAAAAUCCCCGGCCUCAAAUGAGGAGAAGAACCAGAGGGACGACCAGCGUAAGAGCAGCUCCCCGAAACAGAACGAUGAGCGGCAGGAGUCGCCGCCACCAGUGAGGGCCUGGAAAACAGCCGCGGCCAGGAAGCUGCUGCCUCUCUCCAUCACCAUGAAGAGGCUGAACGUGGAGAUCACAAAGUGCGAUUGGCCUCUCCUGCAGAAAAAAGCAGCUCCAUCUCCCAAAAAAGAGCAAGUCGUCGUUGAAGAAGAAGAAGAAGAAGAGGAAGAGGAAGAGGAAGAAGAAGAAGAGGAAGAGGAAGAGGAAGAAGAAGAGAAGGAGGAGAUAGUGGAGGGAGAGGCCCGGCAGCCUGACCUGGGUUACUGCUCACCGGAGGACAGCAGAGCUAAACCUGAGCCCAGUCCGGAGGAGGAGGAAGAAGGGGACGAAGGGGAGGAGGAGGGGGAGGAGAGGAGAGAAUCCCCCGCCAGUCGGAGGAGUGAGGAGGGAGGAACGCAGCCGACCUCCUCUCCUGGAUCACACCACAGCAGUCCACAUGGUUCUCAGGAGCGGAAGCUGCAGCGGCGGUCGGUCAGAAGCAGGUCCGAGUCGGAGAGAUCCAACGAUCCCGUCCCCAAGAAGAAAACCAAAAAAGAGCAGGCUGAGAUGGCUCCUGAGACGACACUGAGGACAGGUUCACAGAAAGGAGCCAGUGAGAUCUCAGACGCCUGCAAACCUCUGAAAAAGCGAAGCAGAGCGUCGACAGAUGUGGAGAUGACUUCUUCUCAGUACAGAGACACCUCUGACUCUGACUCCAGAGGCCUCAACGACCCACAGGGUUUAUUUGGGAAAAGUCUUGACAGUCCAGCAGCAGCAGAUGCAGACGCCUCAGACACUCAGUCUGUGGACUCCGGCUUGUCCCGCCAGGACGGCAGCACCGGCAAGAGAGACACCGUCUGCCAGAUCUGCGAGGUGUACGGAGAGGGUUUGGUGGUGUGUGAAGGGGACUGUGGCCGACAGUUUCACCUGGACUGUCUCGGUCUGACGUCCCUACCUGAAGGCAGGUUCACCUGCUUGGAAUGCAGAAAUGGCAAUCAUUCUUGUUUUAGCUGUAAAGCGGCGGGCCAGGAGGUGACGCGCUGCUCCGUGUCUGGCUGCGGUUGUUACUACCACGAGGAUUGUGUGCGUAAACUCCCGGGCACCACCAUCAGCUCGGAAGGGGGCUUCUGCUGCCCUCAGCACAGCUGCUCUACCUGCUGCUUGGAGAGAGACCUGCAGCGGGCGAGUAAAGGUCGUCUGAUGCGCUGUAUCCGCUGUCCGGUAGCCUAUCACACGGGAGACGGCUGCGUGGCGGCAGGCAGCGUCGCCCUCACCCAUCACAUCAUGAUCUGCAGCAGCCACGGCAGCGCCAAGAAGAACGGCCUCCUCUCGUCCCCUAUCAACGUGGGCUGGUGCUUCCUGUGUGCCAGAGGGCUGUUAGUGCAAGACCUUACUGACACCAUAUUAAGUUCAUAUGCCUAUAAGUCCCACUACCUUCUGACUGAGUCAAAUCGUGCUGAGUUGAAAUUACCUAUGAUUCCCUCUCCUUCGUCAGCUACCAAAAAGAAUGUUGGGAAAGGAGGCAAGUUGCUGUGCUGCGACACAUGCCCGGCUUCCUUCCACCCGGAGUGUCUGGAGAUGGAGACGCCGGAGGGGGCGUGGUCCUGCAGUGAUUGCAGGGCGGGGAAGAAGCCUCACUACAAACAGAUUGUCUGGGUCAAACUGGGCAACUACAGGUGGUGGCCCGCGGAGAUUUGCAACCCUCGCCUGGUGCCAUCAAACAUUCAGAGCCUGCGUCACGAUGUUGGAGACUUCCCCGUCUUCUUCUUUGGCUCCCACGACUACUACUGGAUCAACCAGGGCCGCGUCUUCCCCUACGUGGAGAAUGACAAGAACUUUGUCACGGGUCAGAUCAACAUCAACAAAACCUUCAAGAAAGCUCUGGAAGAAGCUGCCCGGCGGUUCCAGGAGCUAAAGGCCCAGAGGGAGAGCAAGGAGGCUCUAGAGCAGGAACGCAACUCUCGCAAACCUCCCCCCUACAAACUCAUCAAGUCCAACAAACCAGUGGGGAAAGUGCAGGUGCACGUAGCUGAUUUGUCAGAAAUCCAACGAUGCAACUGCAGACCGACAGACGAGCAUCCGUGCAGCCUCCACUCUCAGUGUCUCAACCGCAUGCUGCAGUACGAGUGUCAUCCACAGGUGUGUCCUGCAGGUGAGAGCUGUGAGAACCAGUGUUUCUCCAAGCGGCUGUACGCAGAGACGGAGGUGAUACAGACGGACGGCCGUGGCUGGGGCCUCAGCACCAACCAGGCUCUCGGAAAGGGUGACUUUGUGACGGAGUAUGUAGGAGAGGUGAUUGACUCAGAGGAGUGCCAGCAGCGAAUCAAACGCGCCCAUGAAAAUCACGUGGCCGACUUUUACAUGCUCACCCUCACCAAGGACCGUGUGAUCGAUGCCGGCCCGAAAGGGAACCCGGCUCGGUUUAUGAACCACAGCUGCAGUCCAAACUGUGAGACACAGAAGUGGACGGUAAACGGAGACGUUCGCAUAGGACUCUUCACCCUCUGUGACAUCGAGGCCCAAACAGAGCUGACGUUCAACUACAACCUGCACUGUGUGGGCAACAGGAGGUCGUCCUGUCACUGCGGCUCAGAAAACUGCUCGGGGUUCCUCGGGGUGCAGCCAACGAGUGCUGUGGUGAUGGAGAAAGAGGAGAAGGCCAGGAAUGCCAAGCUGAAGCCGAAGAAGCGGAGGCUGCGUCCGGAGAGCAAACACUGCCACGAAUACUUCUGCUUCUGCUGCGGAGAGGGAGGCGAGCUGGUGAUGUGUGACAGGAAGGAGUGUCCCAAAGCGUACCAUCUGCACUGUCUCAACCUCAACAAGCCUCCAUACGGACGUUGGGAAUGUCCGUGGCACGACUGCAGUGUGUGCGGCGCCCCGGCAUCGUCGCUGUGUGACUUCUGCCCUCGCUCGUUCUGCCGGGAGCACGAGGAGGGGGCGCUCACCUCCUCCUCCCUCGAAGGCCGUCCCUGUUGCUCCAGUCACAACCCCGCCAGUCCCCUGGGCUCCAACUCCAGUCUGACCCUGCCCCGCCGCUCCGCCCUGAGCCCCGUCAGCGUCAAGGAGGAGCCGGAGGAGGGCGAGCCGGCUUCAGAGUGACACCUCAGCCCCCUCAAUACCUCAUCCCCCUGAAAAGUGCGCUCCUGGGCUCUGAUCCCCCUCUGUCCCGAAGCAGUGACCAAAGGGAUACAGUGAUUUUUUUGACCAGUGCGAUGGGUGAGUCGAUGAACAGCUCCACGCCGUCAGUGGCAGGCAGAGCGAUUGGAGAGGGCCAGACCAUCAUGAUGCGCCCUUUCCCCUCCUCUCUAGCCAGAAAACACCUCUCACACUCUCUACAGCUCGCCUCCGCCCAUCAGAGGGCCACCACCUCAUUACGUUUCCUUUUUAUUGUUACAGCUGUUGAAAUACAAAAUGUUAUCACAUCGUCAAAUACGGCACUUUGCAGAAACUCGAAGAGCUCUGUGGAGGGAGGGGUGGAGAGAGGAGGGGUAGGGAGGAGGAGGAGUGUGAAGCUGCUCCUUGUUCACCUACUGUAAGCCGUGAUCGGCGUCUCGCACAAGCCUCCCCCUCCCCCUCCUCCCCCACAGCCGAUCAUCACUCCAGACGUCAUCGUAUUAAUCUCUUCUUCUUCUUCUUGGAGAACAAAAAAGGGGGAAAUGACAGAUUUUGUGCAAUUCUUUUCAAAUACACUACAUUCCAACCUUCCUUAGACAUGGUUUUAAUAUACUAAUGGAUAUAGAUGAAUAUAAUUAUAUACAGUAUCUAUGUUUGUUAAUGUUUACAGACAGAUUCUCUCACUUCAUCUCGGUGAGUGGUUGUAUUAUGUUUGUUUGUUUAGGUGUUAAACAUUACGCAGACCUCCUUGUGAAAAUAGUCCUAUUAAGGUGAAAUAUAAUGGUAUAUAGUGUAAUGGUAUGACAUUACAGAAGUACUUGUGAUUUUCAUAUUGCCAGUCUCACUCGCCAUUGUGUACAUAAUUGGCUCAUAAUAUUGUAAAGUACAUAAAGAUCAGGAGGGACGGAGCCUCGCCUCUCUGGUUGUUCCUGGAAGAAGGAAACGCUUUUUUAAAACAACUAGACAGAUCCUUUUUAUUUUGGUUUUUCAAUAAAAGUUCGGUCCCCUCAUUUCCUCCGAGCAGUUGCUGUUAUUUGUAUUGUAGAUGGAGGGGCUCAGCUUGUGAUCACUGGUGCUGUCUAAGUAUUGUUAUCAGCCUUAAGCUUGAUUCUGGCUGUAGAAAGUGCUGCCCAGAGUGCAGUCCAUUUCAGUAACGUCGUGUACUGUGACCGCUUAGAUGCUUAUAUUUUUGUUUUCCUUUCUGUUUUUUAUUUUGCCAAACUUUUCUGAAAAAGCACUUUUACACAGCUUGUCGCUACACAAUUUAGCUAGGUCAUACAUAUACAGAAAUGUAUAUCAAAAGAACAUAAGACAAGUGUUUCAAAAUGGAUACCUCUUCUUCUUGUAGUAACGUCGGAAUUAAAACUGUGUUGUAACUUUUUUUCCCUCUCGGUCAGAAACGUUGUGGAAAGGGUUUUUUGAAGUUUUUGAGCAGAGUGGCCUAAAUGAUGCUGCUUUCUUUUGGCACAAGUAGGAAAGACUGCCAGCCCGGCUUUGGACAGAAAUCGACGGUGUCCGUGAGAGGCACUUUUAAAUUUUCCACCUGGAAAACAUCCUAAAGGCUGGCUGUUAUCUAGAGACGUAAUGGUAUGACAACAGUCCGGUCCAGUACGAUGUACAAAUACAAACUUCUGUACAGUGUUUCUAAAUCUCUCAUCUGUCAAAUCAAAAUGUUUUGUAUUUAUUGCACCACAUUUUAUACCAGUUUCAUUUUCAAUCACCAGUGCAGUACUUUGUCUCCCUCUCGACCACGGUGUAAGGGAAAUAGACUAUUUAAAAAAAACAUGGGGAGUUUUACAUGAUAUAUCUGUGUUUGAUCAUUGCAUAUGUUCUCUGUUAUUUUACAUUUGGUGUAAUGAUUCCACACUUUGGUAACGGCCGCUGCUCAUCGCCCUGUACCGUGACUCACUGUAAUUAGUGUUACAAUCAGUGUGAAGCAGUUAAAUAUAGGAAUGUCAAGUUUCAGUUCAGUUUGUGUGUUCUUUAAAGCCUGGACUUAAGGAACGGUAAACUUUAUCACAGCCUUUUGCUUGUGAUUCUGUUUCUUGUAUUUUCUGCCCUUAAUACUCUUUAUUUGUUCUUAAGCCUCCCGAUGAGCCACAGGGAGAAACCGUGCCAAUUUAUCUAAAACAUUUCAGUUCAUUCAGGGUCUUCUCGAAUGCAGGGAGUUUAUUCACUCAGUCUCCAGUUUAUUUGGCACACGGAGGUUAACAUAAUAGUCUUACACAACCGUCAAUAAAUCUACCUUCAUGCACAUUAUAAUGUUCAGUUUGGGUUAAAAGCCAGUUUAUAAAGGUGUUGAUUAAACUGAAUGAUCAUUUUAUAACCUUUAUGAAGCUGGGGUUUAUUGCAUUGACCGUUGUAUUCGACUGCAUUAGUUUUAUCUCUGUGUGCCUAAUCGUGUGAGUGCCAAUUGUGAGGAAAAAAGACGAAAGAAAGGGUGAAUAGGGAGCCAUUGAAUGCAGAACAAUGAGACAAUUAUAAGCAUGAUUUAUGCUAGAAAUGUGAUAUUUCAAAAGAUUUGUUUUUCUACAUAUUUAAUUCUACACAGUGAAGGUCAAACACUUAAGUACCAUUUAGCAAAACACAUGUUUGAGUUUAGAAGGACUUUAAUAUGCUAAAUAUAUGCAAAUAAUUAAUUACACAUAGGCACUUAUCUUGUGAAAAAAGCACAUACAAAAGCUCAGACUUCCUUCCUGCAUCUUCAAUGCCUUUAAAUGACAAUGUGUUCAAUUUAUAUUCAAAUUCUCUCCCUCUUCUGCAUUCAACCGCUGCUUUUCUUUUGUCUUCCUGUUAUUAUUGACCCUUUUUAGGAAGCCUUUUUUUGUCAAUUUCUGAGAAAGAGAUUAAACUUGCUUAUUACUUGCUGGUCCUAAAUGUGAGAGAGAUGCAUUUUUGUUUAGUUGUCAGUCAUAGGAAAUGGUCCAAAUGUUCAGUAUCAGGUUGGUGCGUCAUUAGGCUCACUUAAUUUAAUAACUCAAACCGGUCUGUGUGUCUAAACUUGAAUAUCCUUUUUAUUUAUUGAUGCAUUUUAUUUUUCUGUUUUAUAUUCAGAACGCAGGCAUCCUUGACUUUUGUGUUUGUGUCUUCAGAGAAAAUGUCUGACUGAUAAGUUAUGAUUAUAUAACUGGUCUUAAAGCCCUUUUUAUUUUCAAAGUGACAGUUCAGCUGAUGGCAUGCUUCAAACAUCAGACACUGGUUUAAUCCACUUCAGUUGGAAAAUCUUUAAAUGCCUGAUUUGAAUAGCUAAUGUUUUGUUUUUCUGUUCCUUUAUUGGUUUGUUACCAUGUUGCACAGCGCAACAGCCUUUCUUUUUUUGCACCUGCAGAUCGCACGAUCAUAAUUACUUUGUGCCAGUUUGUCUCUUCUGCCCUCUGAGCUGACGCAGCAGUGUUACCUUUGCUCCACUUAAGUGUCCCAGCGUGCAUCGUUUCAUUCACUUAAAUUAAUCUCUGAAGUUCUGUUGGUUUAUCGUCAUAGUAGUGCCCACAUUAGUUUUUUAAAGAGAUAGCAUGUUUGUCUGAUUUAGGUGGCCCCUUAAUAUGCCUAAAAGGAUUUUUUGAAGUGUCCAGGAUUGAUAUUAUUUUUUAUAUACACUUACAUUUAAGAUGCCCCCCACUUGUAUGUCAAAGGCUAUGUUUCAGUUCACUGUGACGUCUUUUGUUUUUUUGUGCAAUGUUGCCGACUUUCUCUUUUAAUUGACAUGCUGUCGAAGGAGAAAAUAGGGUUUUACUAAAUAAUAAAAUCACUUUCAUAAGCACUCAUCUCUUUUUUACUUGUAGUAAAAUUACUUACGGUAACUCUAACUGGGGUCAUAUCUAUCUCUCUUGGUGUUGCUUCAAUAAAAAUGUGGAUGAACACAAAAUACCAUGUUGAUUACUGUUCGACCUGUGUUACUGCAUACUGCAUAUUGUUGAAGAACUUGUAAAUAAUUUGCAUUGAACUUGCAUAGAAUCAUGUUACUGUGGCGUGCUCUUUUUGCCUGUACAAUUCUGCUUCUAAAUGUGUGUGACUGUUGAGACGACACUCUUUUUGUACAUGACUGUCUUUUUAUUUGAGAAUAUUGAUUCUGUCCUUUUUCAUUCUAAAGUUGAGUUUGAAGAGUUCAGACAUGCCUGAAGUUUGACUUUAAUAAAGCUGUACUCUGUCUCAGUGAACACUCUCA